UUACAAAGCUUAUGCCGAGUAUUCAAUGUUUUCAGCUGGUUGUUUGCUUCAGUUUCAACAACAAUACGUGAAAUUAUUCUGGAGAUUUACGGAAGACGGGAAAUACAUAGAGUGGGAUGAAUACCAUUUAAGACUUGUACAUUGGUCAGCUGAUACCUUACAUCAUGAAAUACUAUAGACAUAUCUAGUUGUGAAAGGAGAGACUUCCUGAUAAUUUGAAGUAUGGAAGGAGUGAUAGAGUAUUUUGACUUGCCCUUAAGACACCAUAAUAUCUGUUUACGGUGGAUCUGAUCAAGGAUGAAACAAAAAUUGAUGCAAAAACCUUGAUUUAUUGAUUGCAAUGGGGGGAAGCACUUCCACUUUAGAGCAGAGUUCAUCUGAACCAACCCUUGUGCGUGUGCCUCGAUAUACCUUGGAGGAGAAGAGGAAAAAACAAUCAAAAUUCAACACCCUUAAGAAAAAGCUCUCAAGGAGUAAAAGUGGUUUCAAGAGCCAUGAUCAUGGAAAAAUGCUACGAGAGUUGACACAAACAUGGACAGUUCAGGAGAUCAAUGCUUUAGUUGAAGAAUAUGAAGCAAUGAUGAAUGUAAAAGAACUAAAGAAUCAGACCAAUCUUGUAAGGCAAUCUGCGCCAAGUUUGAAGAAAGACCUUUUACGGCUUCUGGAAGAAGGGAUUUGUGCUGACACAACACUUAUAUUUGAGAACACUCAAUUCCAUGUCCACAAGGCUAUUCUUACGUGUAGAUGUCCUUAUUUCAAGGAUCUUUUAUCGCAGCAUACAGAGCAGCAUCCUGUUAUUCAAAUGGAGUUUAAAACGGAAGGAAUGACUACAGAAAUUUUUUCGGCUCUGCUAUGUUACUUGUACACAGGAGAUUUUAUGACAAAAAAAUCAGGCUUAGAAUACAUUGAUGUUCUAAUGAAUUUGGGUGAAGAGUUUGGCACACCCAAUGUUUUGGAACAGGAUUUAAACUUGCUUUUCAAAUGUGGUGAAUAUGCUGAUGUCGCCUUUGUUUUUCCUGCUCAAGACUCUUCAGACACAUACGUGGCUGCAGAUGGCAAUGCAAUUUCUGAUCAGACAUAUGAGAUUUUGUGCCAUAAAGCUGUUCUCUGUGCAAGAUCACACUACUUUAGAUCACUUUUACUCAAAUCUGACUUGGGCUCUAAUGAUUGUCUAAAGACAGGUUCUGGAGUGAAAAGACUUGUUUUAGAUGAAUCAGUGAUAACUAGGCAGUACACUCGCAUAGCUUUACAAUGCAUGUAUACGGACUCUGUGGAUCUGUCGUCUGUAGUUAAGUGGAGCUCUGAGGACAGGAAAUAUUGUUCACCCAGAACUCAUAAACUUUUGACAUCAGCAGAAAUUGCCAUGGAAGUAUUUGAAGUGGCAAGCUUUAUCGACUUACCAGUACUGAUCCAAGGCUGCGAAGACAUCAUCUUGGAGGAAUUAUCUCCGUCCACUCUUCUGCCAACGCUGGAAUGGAGUUCCCUCCCUCAUGGAUCUGACUGGGUCUACAGGCAAGCCAUGCACUUCCUACAGGAAGAAUUUGUCAACAUCGCUCAGUCUGACAUGUUUACUCUGAUGCCAAGGAAGUAUUUGAUAGAGGCACUGAAAUCUGAUUUCUUGCAGGCAUGUGAACACAAUGUUCUACUGUCUGUCAUUAAAUGGGGUGAGGCACAGGUCAUUCGUCAAAUGAAUGAACAAGAUCCAGUCCAGGACAACAAAAAGAAUGCUAAGCGACGUGACAUCGAUAACAAACAGUUGAAGAGGGUUCUAGCAGGCGUUAUCGAACAUGUGCGAAUUGGUCACGUGCUUCCCCCGCACAGCGAGCUCCUGGACGGGGUGUUCCGCAGGGGUCUUGUUGACCGGGGCAUGCCCCUGGAUAUAGGUGAAGGAAAUUUUUAUCCCAAUCUGCCUUGGAUGAGAAGAAGAGAAGAGAAGGACUUUGUCAGACCGAGGCUCUUCUUGCCUUACUUUGAAGAAGCAAAGGCCAUCCUUGAGGAACACAAAGAAGCGGAAAAAGAACUGAUCAGAAAUCGUAUGUCACGUGUACCACACAACAUGCCUGACACAUUGUAUAUGGUGGAAUCGCACAAACGAACCUACACUGCGCCAGCGAUCUUCUUCGCCUCUUCGGCAGCGGGUAGAUUGGAACGAGACGAACGACGUCCAUCAGUGGGUUUGGGCUCUAAUAGGGAUGGAAAUGAGUUGGAGAGAUACAUGAGAUGUGGAGGAAUGAACGAAGGGUCUCCCGAUGAAAGAGAACCUGCCGUUAGUAGCACGCCAGUUACAGGGAGAGAGUUUGCUCUCCCGGAUGUAGCCAUGGAGGCGCCUUCAUUUAUUCCGGAUGAUUACCUGCACAGAGGAGCGGGCUCUUCUGCUGAGAUAUACCCAGUACCAGAUGUUGCCCUACCUUCAUCUCCUACGUCCAGUGUGUCUUCGUCCUCUGGUGGAGUUCCCCCGGAAUAUUUCCAUAUGGACCAUUUGUUGGAAUCUUUAGAUGAUGACGGAACAAGUGAAAGUAGCUGACACUAUGUGGUUAAAACUCAAAUUGCCGUCAUUUUUAACCAGCAACCAAAUUAAUAUUGUCUCUUACUUUUCAACAAGUAUUCCCAAUCCUUGUCAAGAUAAAUUUAACCAAAGGUGUUAUCUUGUGACACUCGAGUGAAUCCUGCUGGACUCCGAUUGUUCGUCGAGCUCGGUUCUUAAACUUUGAAAGCCCUUGAAAACAGAAUAAUAUCCUUUAUUCAACAAUAUUGAACAAAGAUUGCGGAUAUUGUAUGCAGCGACAAUCGGGAAAAAAAAACCGUGAUUCCAUACAUCUACUGAUUGACGAGAUUUGACUCGAUUGUCUUGCCCAACAACUGACGCAAAUUUAGGGGAAGUGAUAACCUUUUGGUUUUAAAAUUAAUAAUUUCAUUUCCAGGUCUAAAAAUUUGCAUGCCAUAGGCACUGACUGGAAUGGAUUUUUGUAAGAAGAACAAACCAGAAAUAUUUCGAUGUAAGAUUAAAAAAGUGAGUCUUUA